AUGUUCAAACAUAUAAUAUUGGGUGCCAUCUUGGUGUCCAUGAUUAUGAUCACUGUUGACAAGUCUGACGCAGCCUUUAACAAAGUUGGAUGGCUCACUGAGAACACUGCCUUUGUUGGAAGGUUCACGUCGCCACUGGACGACUACUCCUUCCCGUUGUUUACCGAUUUUGGUCCAUCAUUCUAUGCUCACGUUAGCAAGGUGAUCAACGCGCUCAACACCGCUGGCUACUCACCAUUCAUAGCCACAUCCAGCUUUAUCACUUCUAUCUGGAGCUACGUGGUGGAGAACGAGACACCUUACACUACGGGCGACGCCAAGGUCACUGGCCUCUACUCUGCAAUCGUCCAGGCCUCCGUCGACCCUAAUUCUAUCCUCUACAACGAGGACAGCGCAGAUAGAGUAGAUCCAGUAUACUACCAGUUUAUCCAAAUUGCCGCAAAGGACUACACCAACUCGCUCACCGCCUUCACUGCUGCACCCAGUAAUCCUACCACAGCUCUCUACCUUAGAGUUGCCAUUGAUAAACUAGAGAGCCUGCUGACCACUGUGCUUGCGGACGGCGGGGAGUUCCGCAGACAUCCCCUCGAUCAGCUCACCAUCUUCUCCCUGGCCGCCACCUCUCACGUGCUCCUCCUGACCGACCUUGUGCGCUGGGGUGAGACCUGGGGCUUCUCCACCCAGAAUGUGACCACAUACCGCGAUACUUACUACGAGGUCAUCGACGACUACUCACACUACGCCAGAGACGUAUUCGAUGAAGCCAAUACACCAAUGACCAACUUGGGUAACUUUGACGGCUCUGGCCGAUUUGACAACUUCCAGGAUCUGCGUCGGAUCGUGAUCACCCAGGUGUCUGACUUUGUCGCCAUGUGGUACAACCUCGACCCCAAGAUCGCUGGCCUCCACGGCUUCCAUGCAGAGCGUGUGCGCUACCUCUUCUCCAAGACCAUUGGCUACAGUGUCGACCCAGACAUGAUCAGCUCUGAGAACAUCUCCGACUACGUCAGUCCAUCAUUCGAGCGUCUGACCGAGAUGUGGUGGGGACUCAAACAGGAGGACUACAAGGGAGAGAUGACCAGUUUCCUCAUUGUUCACAAGCCCGACGAGAUCAUCUACAGCGCCCAACCAACCUACACGACCAGCCGUCCUGCAACCCCCGCCAGCACUCGCAAGGGCGCCGAAGUUGGAACGCUCGUCGCUGAACCAGGUGUGACCAAGAACAAGAACUUCAAGUUCCCACCCACAUCCGUCACCCAGAACGCAAGCUUCCACCAUGACCAUCUUCCUCGCCGACUCGUCUUCCCCGGCGUCGGCGGACUUGCCCUGGACCGCGGAUGUCUUUCCAACGACGAGUACUGCCAAACAUUCUACGGCGAGAUCGGCCAGCGUAUCACCGACAACAUCGCUGUCCCAGACCACAAGAUUGGCACCGCCUUUGGAUGGGGUACCAACGAGAGGACUACCCUCCACCCGGCGCUCGACGCUAUCACCGUGGGUCUGAUCCCCUCCAACGUGUUUGCCAACAAUGUUAUCUUGCGCGCGACCACCACUGUCAUUGACGCUCAGAAGUACCAGUCCAUCGAUGGCGGCGCCUACUUUGAGCCCGAGACGUUUGGCCCAGGCCUGCACUCGAUGUUCAUCCCAGUUGGUGGCUCGAUCACAUAUCGUUUCGACUCUGUCAACGCGGUCGACAUUGCCUACGACCUGUAUCUUCGCGUGUACACAGGCUCCAAGGUGCCACUCAGUGUCAAGGUGUCCAAGAACGGUGUCGAUGUUGCAACAUUCACUCUUCCCUUCUUGAACAAGAACUCAAUCGUUGAGACCACGCCUGACUAUGACAUUGUCCUGUCUCCCAACCAUGACAACAACCUGUUCACAUUCACCGCAGUUGGAAGCAAUGUGCGUCUGACAUCUAUCAUCCUGGUGCCAAAGUAA